AAUGUGAGCUAUACAUCGUUCGAUCACCAUCAAACCCCUUCUACGGGGGGAUCACACCGAAGUCAUCGCCACGUGGGACACACCUACUUGACCGUUUACGAGUCGCUUUCCAACGACCACUGUUCCUCAUCCCCGUCUUUACUUCUUCUCGCAAACACUGUACGGAAGCUAAAGAGGGUUUUGGAUGCCCUGGACUUUGACUGAGAAUGGCGUCCGCGGAGGCCGGAGACGGAGAUCAUGCCGUGGUUGAGCUCAUCGUUUGCGACGAAACAGCGUCCGAAGCUGAUGCUGCCGCGGUAGUUGUUUCCGAGGAGAUAACCCCUCUCUUGAAUCAGGUCGAGAAGCCCAAGAUUAACAUCUUCAGCGUCUCUUAUCCCCGUAGAAAACCUAGGGAGCAAGUGACAAGAUUUCCUGAAGUAGAGACAACUUCGCUAACUCAAUUUGUAUUGUGGGUGUGGAGUGGAUCCAGAUACUCUGGUCUUUUGUGUAUGGCCGUAUCGUCUAUCGUCUAUUUUUUCAUGGAAGUUCUUGCUGAUGUUUUCUCUGCGCAACCAAUUCCUUUAUUUGAGACGGCUUUUACUAGAUGUACAAUUGUCAUGGUACUAUCAUAUUUUUGGCUGAGAAAGAAUGGGUAUUCAUUACUUGGAUCGACACAUGUUAGGAAACUUUUGAUUUUAAGAGCCCUUAUGGGAUAUCUUUCACUGAUGAGUUAUGUUUAUUGCAUUCAAAGGUUACCCUUGUCUCAGGCAAUUGUAUUAAGUUUUACCACACCGAUUAUGGCAUCAAUCGCAGCUAGAAUAAUUUUGCAUGAGAAGUUGAAAAUUGCUGACAUCGGAGGUCUUUCCUGCAGUUUCUUUGGCGUGCUCUUCAUUUUCCGUCAGCUACUUACAACAAAAGGUGGGUUAGUUAAAGCUGGGGAAGCAAGCAAUACAGAUCUUAGUGGCAGUAACCAUAUAUAUGUGGUCUUAGUUGGUUUGUUUUCAUCAAUAACUGGUGGAAUCAGCUAUUCCCUCAUAAGGGCUGGAGCAAAGGCAUCUGAUCAGCCAGUGGUUACAGUUUUUUCGUUUGUCAUAUUGGCUGCCCCUGCUGCUGGAUUAUGUACAUUUGCAUUUGAGGACUUUGUGCUGCCAGGUGUUUAUUCACUUUUACUCAUGCUGGUACUCAGUCUUCUGGCCUUUUUAGCAGAGGUAUUUUUAGCACGCGGACUUCAGCUUGAAAAAACCAGCAAAGCUGCAAAUAUACUGUACAUAGAGGCUGCCCUGUCACAAUUAUGGGACAUAGGUUACUCAAGAACAGCUCCAUCUUUUGGCCGACUUGUUGGAUGUUUACUAAUUUUUAUUUCAGUUUUUUGCACAUUGUAUGUUGGGCCCGAUAAAGAGAUGGAGUGAGAGAUGCCAUAUUCUCAAAUUGUUUGAAGGCACGCACCCCAUUUGGUGCACCAUUCUUUGUUGUUAUCUUCCUAGUUUAUAAGUGUACGUAGUUGCUUUUAUUUUCACUGGCUUCAGCCUAUAGGAUCUUUCUUGUUUGAAGGAA